AUGGCAGAGGUAUACGGACUCAUGACAGCAUUCAGAUACAACAUGCAAAUCAGAAUGAAUGUGUUUUCUCACCGGUUACCAUCUAAAGAGGGUGCAGCAAUCCCAGAUAAAGCGGUCAAGCAAGACGUUGUCAUAGAACAAUGCUGCAGUACAGUCAGACCACACUGCGACACUGGAUGGAAAGAUAAUCAUUACGCACCCGGUGGAUCUCAUGCAAACUAUGACCCUGACACAGGCUCUAAGAAACCGGACCUUCCACGUUCAAACUUGGCCCCAAAUUAUCAUAAUGGUAAUCGCCAGCAAUCCCCAUUCAACCAAUACAACAAUCAUCCGUAUGGCCCUGGCAAUCAUCAGGAGAGGAGAAGGGAUAAAAAAGAAGACAUUAUGGAGGUGACAUGA